GAGCGCGGAUUUACCUCAGGAAUGAUAGCGGGAAUGUGAAGUUACUGCUCGCGCGCUCCGUCAUGAAAUAAACCCAAGUUUGUGUGUGUGUGUGUGUGUGUGUGUGUGUGUGAGGGUGGGUGUAUGUGUGUUUAAGAAAAGUGUGUGUGUGUGUGUGUGGUCACUCAGUAGAGCGGAAUUACAGAAUGGACACCGUGGAUCCGGGUUCCUACUCCAAGAGACAUGCAGCGGUCAGUAACCCCCUUUUGGACGAGCUGCCCAGUUACCAGUCCCUGCUGUACAGGCGGAAGUCCUCAGGAAACAGUAAAAGGCGCAGUUCCACGCGGGGGCGCUACAGCUCCGUCGGCAGCUCCUCAGAGACUGGGGCGAGCAAAGAGCGAGGGACGAGCAGAGGGGGUGAGAAUCAGGACAGGAAAUGGGCGUACGGGAGGGGGGACAGAACACUUCGCAGAGCCACCGAGGACAGACCUGCACGAGAACUUCCAUGGAGCAUGGAGGACAAACGCAAACACUGGGAGCAGCAGAAGGACAGACAGCUGGCUGUAUCUUCUCAGUGGAGAAUCAGCGCUCAUCACUAUCUGAAGAGGAUGAAGGAGGACAGCAUGGUCCUAAUGAACACACUGCAGCUGUGGAGAAGUGAUAUACACCUUAUAGAGGGCAUGUUCGGUACAGGGAUCCUGUCCUACUUCUCAUUUCUACGGUUCCUGGUCCUACUGAACUUCGUGAUGUUCCUGAUGAUGUUCAGUUUCGUCAUGCUGCCCAUCAUUGUGUCCACACACACCUCGUUCCUCAACUCCACUUCCACCACAGGGAGCGCUGCAGACACUAAUUGCAGUGUUUACUCUCGCUCCUCUGAGAAGGGCCUGGUCAUGUUCCACCAGCACAUCAUCGACCUGCUGUCCGGCACCGGCUUCCUGGAACACACCUACCUGUUCUAUGGUUACUACACUGUGGAGACGGUGACGUACUCAGGGUUCAGUUAUAACCUCCCGCUCGCCUACCUGCUCUGUACCGUCACAUACCUGCUGCUCAGUCUCGUCUGGAUCGUCAAGAGGUCAGCUGCAGGCUUUAAGAGGAAGCUGAUUCAGGAUGAAGAUCGUUUCCAGAGUUUCUGUAAUAAAAUCUUUGCUGGAUGGGAUUUCUGUAUCACUAAUGAGAACGCAGCGCGAAUCAAACACAGCAGCCUGCUCUAUGAGCUGAAGACGGAUCUGGAAGAGGAGCGGAUCAGGCAGAAGAUGGCGGAUCGUUCCCAGAAGGAGAAAUGUCGUAUCUACACCCUGCGCAUCGCCCUCAACCUGUUCGUGAUCUCUGUGCUCGCCUGCUGCUUCUACUGUAUCUACAGAGCCACCAUCUUCUCCCAGAAUGCCCAGACCCAGUCUAAGGGUCAGGAACAGAAAAUCUUCAUAUUGGAACUGAUAUUUGAGUACCUGCCCUCCAUCGUCAUCACACUGGCCAACUUCAUCACUCCCACCAUCUUCAGCAUCAUCAUCAGCUUCGAGGACUACUCUCCCGCCUUCGAGAUCCGCUUCACACUCCUCAGGUGUGUGUUCAUGCGCUUGGCCAGUAUUGGAGUCCUGCUGUUCUCUCUGUGGUCUCAGAUCACCUCCUGUCCCGGGACACACGACAACAACAACGAGUGUCCCUGUGGAUACAACCACCAGAUAUACCCUUGCUGGGAGACCCAUGUAGGACAGGAGAUGUACAAGCUGAUGAUCUUUGAUCUCCUCAUCAUCGGGGCGGUCACUGUCCUCAUCGAGUUUCCCAGGAAGAUCCUGGUUAAUCACUGUGACUGGGCCUUGGUGAAGUGGUGGGGUCAGCAGGAGUUCUCCAUCCCUCAGAACGUCCUGGAGAUCGUCUACGGCCAGACCAUCUGCUGGAUCGGGACCUUCUACUGUCCCCUGAUGCCCGCCAUCAACACCAUCAAAUACUUUCUCAUCUUCUACAUCAAGAAGGUGACCCUGGUGAAUAACUGUCGUCCUGCGUCUCGACCGUUCCGUGCCAGCAGCUCUCACUUCUUCUUCCUGGCCGUCCUUCUCAUUGGUUUAGCUCUCGCUACACUUCCUGUUACAGUCAGCAUUGCACAGAUCCGUAGCUCGAGGGUGUGUGGGGCGUUUCUGAACUACAACACGUCAUGGGAGGCGGUGCCGCGCGCGGUGUCUCACCUCCCCUCAGCCGUGCAGUCCGUCCUCACCGCGCUCGGGUCAGAGGCCUGCGCCGUGUCCUGCUUCGUCAUCACCUGUUUGGCGAUGUUCUAUGUAAUUGCAUUAGCCGGAGCUCAUAAACGUGUCAUCAACCAACUGAGAGAACAACUGGCUAUGGAGGGCAGAGAUAAGCGCUUUCUGAUCCAGAAGUUGUGUCAGGCCCAGUCUUAUCCCCGUUGCCAUGGGAAACAGCAAGCCAGCAGCUCCAGUGUGUUCAUGAUUGCCCCGCCCACCGAGACGCCCGCGUAACAUCCCCUCUUCUCAUUGGCGAAGCACAUAACGAGCUGUCCUCUGAUUGGUCCUGUGUGUAAGACGUCUUCUACAGGGACCAGCCGGUCCAGAACGAGCUCUCUGAUUGGUUCACUGUUACACGCUGUGUGUUCAUUGGUUGCUCUCUAUGUUUAACAGGCAAAUUAUCUGACAUUACUCUAAGAAGAUAUUUUUCUCUCUUUACGUGUGUGUGUGUGUUUACACUUUUAUAUCCUGUUUGUCUCUUUCUGUUUUUUGAGAUUUUAUAAGUAUUUAACUCAUGUUCAGACAGUGUUGAGUUAAACAAAUACACUAAACAGGUAUCUCUGUACAGUUUACACAAACAUGUUAUUGAUGUUGUUUAUUCAGUCACUGGAUAAACAGUGAAUAAUAAAAUAAAACACUAAUUGUGUGUCUUAAAGCU